AUGUGGAUGAUUAUUCUCUUACAAGAGGAGUUUGAUACCCCAGGACAAACAGCUGAGUGUGUGAAGAGAGAGGGAGAAACAGCAGGGAGACACAUCACUGUAGUGGAGGCACCCGGAUGGUUUUACGAUCAAUCUGUAGUGGACACUCCUGAACGAGAUAAACAAGAGAUUGUCCUCAGUGUGUCUCUGUGUCCUCCAGGACCCCAUGCUGUACUGCUGGUCUUUGAUGUGAUUCAGUCAUUCACAGAGAAUAACAAAAGAGCAGUGCAGGAACACCUGGAGCUUCUGGGUGAGAGAGUCUGGAGUCACACUAUAGUGCUGUUCACCCAUGGGGACCGGCUGGGAAACACAACCAUUGAGCAGCACAUCGAGAGAGAAGGAAAGGCUCUGCAGUGGGUUGUAGAGAAAUGUGGGAACAGGUAUCAUGUUGUAGAGAAUGACAAGAGCGAUGGUGGCCAGGUGACAGAGCUGCUGGAGAAGAUAGAAGAGAUGGUGGCAGGAAACAGAGGCCAUCACUUUGACCUUGAUGCAAAGAUUCUGAAAGAACUGAUGAUGAGGAAGAAGGAGGACGAGAGAAGAGCAGAGGAGAGGAAGAGGAAGGUGCAGAAUCACAGAGAGACUCUCAGAUCAUCAGGUGGUGCUCCACAUAUCUCAGACAUGAGGAUUGUACUGCUGGGAAGCAGAAGGGGCGGGAAGAGUUCAUCAGGAAACACCAUCCUGGGAAGAGAGGAGUUUGAUGCCUCAGGACAAGCAGCUGAGUGUGUGAAGAGAGAGGGAGAAACAGCAGGGAGACACAUCACUGUAGUGGAGGCACCCGGAUGGUUUCGCAUUCAAUCUGUAGUGGACACUCCUGAACGUGUUAAACAAGAGAUUGUCCUCAGUGUGUCUCUGUGUCCUCCAGGACCCCAUGCUGUAGUGCUGGUCAUUAAUGUGAAUUGGCCAUUCACAGAGACAGACAGAAGAGCAGUGCAGGAACACCUGGAGCUUCUGGGUGAGAGAGUCUGGAGUCACACUAUAGUGCUGUUCACCUGUGAGGACCGGCUGAGAAACACAACCAUUGAGCAGCACAUCGAGAGAGAAGGAAAGGCUCUGCAGUGGGUUGUAGAGAAAUGUGGGAACAGGUAUCAUGUUGUAGAGAAUGACAAGAGUGAUGGUGGCCAGGUGACAGAGCUGCUGGAGAAGAUAGAAGAGAUGGUGGCAGGAAACAGAGGCCAUCACUUUGACUUUUAUGCAAAGAUUCUGAAAGAACUGAUGAUGAGGAAGAAGGAGGACGAGAGAAGAGCAGAGGAGAGGAAGAGGAAGGUGCAGAAGCACAGAGAGACUCUCAGAUCAUCAGGUGGUGUUCCACAUAUCUCAGACAUGAGGAUUGUACUGCUGGGAUGGAAAAGGGUGGGGAAGAGUUCAUCAGGAAACACCAUCCUGGGAAGAGAGGAGUUUGAUACCUCAGGACAAACAGCUGAGUGUGUGAAGAGAGAGGGAGAAACAGCAGGGAGACACAUCACUGUAGUGGAGGCACCUGGAUGGUAUAGCAAUCAAUCUGUAGUGCACACUCCUGAACGUGAUAAACAAGAGAUUGCCCUCAGUGUGUCUCUGUGUCCUCCAGGACCCCAUGCUGUACUGCUGGUCAUAGGAGCGUUUCAGUCAUUCACAGAGACAGACAGAAGAUCAGUGCAGGAACACCUGGAGCUUCUGGGUGAGAGAGUCUGGAGUCACACUAUAGUGCUGUUCACCUGUGAGGACCGGCUGGGAAACAGAACCAUUGAGCAGCACAUCGAGAGAGAAGGAAAGGGUCUGCAGUGGGUUGUAGAGAAAUGUGGGAACAGGUAUCAUGUUGUAGAGAAUAACAAGAGCAAUGGUGGCCAGGUGACAGAGCUGCUGGAGAAGAUAGAAGAGAUGGUGGCAGGAAACAGAGGAGAGCACAGUAUGAGUGACCCUCCUAACUUUAGAGAAGGCCUACCUGAUGACUUCUCAGGGGGAGAUACUGGAUAUUACUCUACUAAAUCAGGACUUGAAUCUGAGCUCAUAAAGCCCUUUAAGCAGCGGAGAACUGCUGCCUCUGUUCAAGGCUUUGGACAACAGAAGCCUCCCUUGAGACCAGCACAUAGAAAGGCACCAUGUGCUGAGGGGGAUGGCUUUGAAAGAAAAGCUCCAUUUGUGGAGGAGUCGACAAUAACUGUAAAUUAUGAUGAACGCAUCGGACGUGGCUCCUAUGGAACAGUUUACAGAGGAUCAUACCAGGGAAGUCCUGCUGCUGUAAAGAUGAUGGAAAUAGGAGACAAUCCAGUGACUACAAAUGAACUCAUUAUACCUGGGCGUUUGUCUCACCCCAACAUCGUACGGAUGAUUGCUGUAGCCAGAAGUGAGACACACGUCCUCAUUGCUAAUGAGUAUAUCCAUGGAGCCAACUUGCAGGAGGUUCUUUACAAAGACACUCCCAUCAAGUUGCAGGACAAGGAUAAGCUGUUUGUGGCUUUAGAUAUUGCCAUGGCUGUUGAGUACAUACAUGGAAAAACAAUCAUCCACCAAGAUCUGAAGCCAGCAAAUAUAAUGAUUGCAGCAGACAACACAAAGGCCUACCUGACUGAUUGGGGCUUGGCGAACCUGAAGGAAACGGUGUCGAUGACGAGAGAAGACCGAUCAGGGGCUCUCUGUGGCCCAAUGGGUGGAACUCCACGCUACAUGGCCCCAGAAUGCCUCGUAGAGUGUGAGAAAUGCAGCACCAUGUCAGACAUGUGGUCUCUUGGCAUCACUCUUCUGGAGAUGUUCACCAACUCUCAGGCCUGGUCUUACAGUAGCAUGCAGGAGCUGCGUAAGCUUCUUUACACUAAAGAAACUCCUCUUGCUCUGACUAGAUUACAGCCUGCUCUUCAUGACAUAGUGAAACCAUUGAUAGAAUAUGAACCCAAAUCCCGCAUGAAUGCCAAAGACCUGGUGAUACUGUUGAAGUCAAAAGUUGAUCUCACCAAAAGAUACGGGUACAAAUGGUAGGAAGACAGGAGUGAAAGAUCAAGAGAUCUUUCUAAGCUGUUGAAUCUGAUGUGUAUAACCAAUGCUGAUAUAUUGAAUGCAGGUUGAUCACUCUAGCCUGUUAAUGUCAGCAUGUAUUCCUUCGCUCCUUUGUGCUUGACUGACCUCACUGCAGCCAUGUUUAAAUAUAUAUAGGAUAUUUCCUAGAAUUUGUCAAAAUUGUGUCCUUCCAGAUGUAAAUCAAGUGCAUUCUGCACCGUGAAAUAUUCCAUUCUUUGUGAGUGUUCUGGGCUCUGUUAAUGGUGAAUAAUACAAAUGUCUCCAUUCAGUAAAAUCAAACCAAGCAGAGCAUGGAGAACAAUGAGGACAAUCAAAUGCCACACAGUCAAUCAUGAUCCGUAGCC